AUGUCCGAACGAGGUCAUUUUCGUGGAAGUGGCAGAGGAGGCGGUGGUGGACAUGGUGGACAUCGGGGUGGGCGGGGUGGAGGUGGAGGCAGAGGAGGUCGUGAUCAACAGUCCAGUCAACCUCAUGAGAAACCCAAGAAGGAAAACAUCCUUGACCUUACCAAGUACGUUGACAAGCAGAUCAACGUCAAAUUCAAUGGAGGCCGGGAAAUUGUUGGUACACUAAAAGGCUACGAUCAAUUGAUGAAUUUGGUACUAGACGAUGUCAAGGAGACAAUGAGAGAUGAUGAAGGUAAUGAGACCACAAGAUCGCUAGGCCUCAUAGUGGCUCGCGGGACGUUACUGGUCCUGAUCUCACCCGUCGAUGGUAGCGAGGAAAUCGAGAAUCCCUUCCAACAAGCUGCGGAGGAGUGA